AUGUCGCUUCAAGUCCGAGGCCCCGACUUCUCGGUGACGAAGCAGAAGGCCCUUGAAGAUGCGAAAAAGAUGCAGGCAGCGGUGGAUGAUGAGGUGGCAAAAGCUGGGCAGGACAAGCCGCCCUAUCUUCUCAACGAACUUAUUGGCAAGGGAAGUUUUGGGCGCGUCUACAAAGCAACCGACAUCAACACCAGCAUGCUUGUUGCAGUAAAGAUCAUCGACAUUGAAGAAAGCGAUACUGUCAACCCCAAACUCGCCGACACCUUCAAGGAGUUCUUAGCCGAAGUCAACGCCCUGAAGCUCCUCAGUGAUAGUGGCGCAAAAAACAUCAACCAUGUCAUUGACGCGUUGCCUGUUGGCCAGUCCAUGUGGAUGAUCACCGAGUACUGCGCCGGCGGAAGUGUAGCAACGUUAAUGAAGCCUACGGCACCUGGUGGACUGCAGGAGAAAUGGAUCAUUCCUAUUCUCAGGGAGGUCGCUGAAGCCGUGUCCUGGGUCCACCGACAGGGAAUCAUUCACCGUGACAUCAAGUGCGCCAACGUUCUGGUCACCGAGUCUGGCGGGGUGCAGCUUUGCGAUUUCGGAGUCGCCGGCGUUAUUGAGACCAAGUUUGACAAGCGAUCCACGUUCAUCGGGACUCCUCACUGGAUGGCACCGGAGCUUUUCGACCAGUCGACAUCGUAUGGUACGGAGGUUGAUAUUUGGGCGUUCGGCUCUAUGGUCUUCGAAAUUGCCUCUGGCCUCCCACCGAAUGUGAUGGCGGGGAUCGAUGUUUACCAGCUUGGAAACUAUAUUAAAGCCCACACGCCCCGACUUGAGGGCGAUCAGUAUUCCGACAGGUUGAAGGACCUGGUUGCGUACUGUCUGGAGGAGGAUCCGGCGAAACGGCCAACUAUCGAAGAGGUCCAGAAACACCCUUAUAUCGCCAAUACGGCACAAGAAUAUCCGGCCUCGUCGUUAGCAUUGUUGGUCAGGGGCUUCAAGCUUUGGGAGUCGCAAGGCGGCAGCCGCAAAUCUCUUUUCGCUCCAGGAGGAGCCCAGGGCAUGUCCGGCAUGGACGACUCCGACUUCUCCUCUACAGCGAUGGCGAACGACGAGUGGAAUUUCAGCACAACAAUGGCAUUCGAUCAACAGGUGUUUCAAAAUACAGAUGCUCAGGCAGUCUAUGAUGUGUAUGGCUCAAACGUGGAUUUCGACCCUGGGCUUCUGGAUGAGAUGUCGCGAGCCAAGCCGAAAGCUCGGAGGAGACCGCCACCACAGCAGCUCGCCGCCAUGAAGGCCCCUUUGGAAAAGGUGUUCGACCCGAAUACGAUAUCCAACUAUGAGGAUAACUCCCGGGCCUAUUAUGGCAGGCCGGUUCCUCCGCCGGCUUCAGACCUCCCCUUACGAGACGACUCUCUCCAGUCGACGACAGUGAGAGAAUCUCUCAUUGAUCUCGACGCCUCACUAUCCGGAGGAGACCUCUCUAACUUUGUGGAUAUGAACACUAUUAGAGCUGGUGGACCACGCGUGUCUGUUGAUUAUCACAUGGGAGAUGAGCCAGAUUUCAACAAGCCGCCUCUGAGCGACCCGGCGGAUCUGAACCCGAACAGGAAGACGCAGGACUGGAAGUUCCCUUCCAUGGCCCCACCAGCUUCAGCGAACCCAGAAAUGUCCAGGUUUCCCUUCAAUGAGGAUCGUCCAUUCAAUGAAGACCGUCCUUUCAGCGAGGACCGUCCCUUCGUAUUCCCUGCCCCCAAGAAGACCGCUCAGCACCGAAUUCCGCAUCCCGCCCUCAGAUGUUCCAUCACCAGACUGAUCCAGUUCCCGCCCCCAACUAUGGCGGUGACCUGA